AUGACUGAUCCAAUAAAACUGCAUCCUCCAGCCAUUCUCUUGCGGGCUCUGCUCGAUUGCAUCACCGACGACAUCACACCUCUCUCAGUGCCUGCCAUGAAUGAAAAAGGCACGAAACUCUUCGGUGCCGCCAUCCUCCUCAAGUCCGACCUCUCACUAAUCCUUGCCGGCACAAAUCACGAAUCCGUGUCUCCGCUGAAUCAUGGCGAAACCUGGACUGUUAGCCAGUUCUUCAAUCUACCUUUAGAAACACGUCCCAACCCCAAAGACUGUCUGUUCUUAUCGACUCAUGAGCCAUGCAGUCUGUGUAUUAACGCCAUUGUGUGGAGUGGGUUUGACAAUUUUGUGUAUGUCUGGGACUAUGCGGAGACUGACAAACUGUUCGGUAUUCCUGGUGAUCUCGAGGUGUGGCGUGACCGUUUCUAUCAUGGGCCUGAGCAUGACUACGGGCAUGGUUUCACGGAUGUAGGCACCAUGAAUGGAGAGAUGGCGAAGGACGGUUCUGCACAUAAGGUGGAGCUGUACAAGAGGAUCAACCCAAAGUUCGUGGCACGGUCAAUUCAGGAGAUCCUGAAUGCAGUGCCCUCGGCCGAAAGGGAGCAGUGGGAAACGAAAUUACAAAAGGUAAAGACAGACUAUGGAAGGCUGAGUCCGACGUUCUGUCAAAGGACCGGAGUGACACAAUAA